CCUCAAAUUGGGUUGAAAGAUAAAACUUUGUUAUUUUGAAGUAUUCCUAUAAGUAUACAACUGAAGACUUUGCUGCUUCAGUUUCAACUUGCUUCAGCAAUGGCAAUGAAGAAAUAUCUAAUUCUCUCCAUUUUUCUACUCAAUCUCAUCUUCUUCAGAACUGCCUUGUCUUCUGUCGUUGAAGACGAAGAAGAGGAUCUCAGUUUCCUUGAAGAAGAGGAUUCUGAUGCUCAUUCAGAUUCCAAUCCAUAUGGUGAACACCACGAUUUCGAGAACUACGAAGAUCUCGAGGACGAUUCUUCCGAUCACGGGGAAGACUCGUACGAGCCGCCGGUAGUGGAUGACAAGGAUGUGGCUGUACUGAAGGAAGGAAAUUUCAGUGAAUUUAUUGCGAAGAAUAAGUAUGUUAUGGUUGAGUUCUACGCGCCGUGGUGUGGACAUUGUCAGGCACUUGCACCGGAGUAUGCUGACGCCGCGACUGAGCUAAAAGGAGAGAGUGUGAUGCUUGCUAAAGUUGAUGCUACUGAGGAAGCUGAGCUGGCUCAAAAGUAUGAUGUGCAAGGGUAUCCCACCGUUUUCUUCCUCAUUGAUGGUGUUCACAAGCCUUAUAAUGGUGAAAGGAAUAAGGAUGCUAUUAUUUCAUGGAUAAAAAAGAAGAUCGGGCCUGUUCUAUCCAAUAUAACGACUGUAGAGGAGGCAGAACAAAUCUUGAAAGAUGAGAAGAAAGUAGUGUUGGGAUAUUUGAAUGAUUUGGUGGGUGAUAUAAGUGAAGAGCUUGGUGCAGCUGCUGCACUAGAAGAUGAUGUCAACUUCUAUCAGACUGUCAUCCCAGAUGUGGCAAAACUCUUCCAUAUUGAUUCUCAAGCCAAACGUCCAGCUCUUGUCAUAAUUAAGAAGGAAGCCGAGAAUAUCAACCACUUUGGUGGUGAAUUCACCAAGUCAGCAAUAGCUGAAUUUGUUUUUGAGAACAAGCUUCCUCUUGUCACCAAUUUUACUCGGGAAAGUGCCUCAGAGAUAUUCGAAAAUCCCAUUAAGAAGCAGUUGAUACUUUUUGCCACUUCGAAAGAUUCAGAAAAGUUUUUGCCAAUAUUUCAAGAAGCUGUGAAAGCUUUUAAAGGAAAGCUUAUCUGUGUGUUUGUUGAAAUCGACAACGAAGAUGUUGGAAAACCAGUUUCGGAGUACUUUGGUGUUAGCGGUGAUGCCCCAAGAGUUCUUGCAUAUACAGGAAAUGAGGAUGGGAGGAAGUUUUUACUGGAAGGUGAAAUAACCUUGGAUGGUGUCAAGUCAUUCGGGGAGAAAUUUUUGGAAGACAAUUUAAAGCCCUUCUAUAAAUCUGAUCCAAUACCUGAGACUAAUGAUGGGGAUGUCAAAAUUGUGGUUGGCAAUAACUUUGACGAAAUUGUUUUGGAUGAAUCAAAAGAUGUUCUUCUUGAGUUAUAUGCUCCUUGGUGUGGCCAUUGCCAAUCACUAGAACCCAUAUACAACAAGCUUGGCAAGCAUUUAAGAGGCAUUGACUCCCUUGUUAUUGCCAAGAUGGAUGGAACAACAAAUGAGCACCCCCGAGCGAAGGCUGACGGAUUCCCAACACUUCUGUUCUUCCCAGCUGGCAACAAGAGCUUUGACCCGAUUACUGUUGACACAGAUCGUACAGUGGUUGCCUUUUACAAAUUCCUGAAAAAGCAUGCAUCUACCCCGUUUAAGAUUCAAAAGCCACACUCAACACAGAAAACUACAGAGUCUGAUGUCAUUUCAAGCCAAGAGAGCACCACUAAUGACGCUAAGGAUGAACUGUGAAAUUUGUAGGUUCUAGCAUAUUAGUCAAGUUUGGUUUUAGAAAAGAAUUCCAAGCAUAUGAUUAAGGGUGGAAGUGGAACGUGAUAACAUCAUCAGCAUUGAAAAAUGUAGGUAGAGAAUAGAAAGUAGGAAGAGACACCAAAAGGCUCUCUUUUGAUGGUUUAAUAGUUUUAUUUCUUUUUUUUUUGGUUGACUGAAAAUAAUGUUAUGGUGUAUCGAAACACGGACGCGAUGUUUCUCGAAUGAGGUUGUUGACAUGC